GUUUCAAAGACCUUGUUCUGUUGUUAUCAUUCAGGCAAAACCUAACCACAGAGAAUAACGUUGGUGAAAGAACGACGAUGACGGACGCAGCGUCCGAUUCACGAAACGAUGCAGCCGUGCAAGCCACCAACGACGACGCUUCCGCCAGUAAAUUGUCAUGUGUAAAAAAGGGAUACAUGAAAGAUGAUUAUAUUCAUUUAUUUGUGAGAAGGCCUGUGAGGAGAUCUCCAAUCAUUAAUCGUGGUUACUUUGCUCGUUGGGCUGCAUUUCGGAAACUUCUCUAUCAGUUUCUUGAUGUUGAGAAAAAGACAGAUGGAGAUGCCCCAAUUAAGAAGCAGAUAUUAUCACUUGGAGCAGGCUUUGACACAACAUAUUUUCAGUUGCAGGAUGAGGGGAAAACACCAUAUAUGUAUGUGGAAGUGGAUUUUAAGGAGGUAACUAGUAAAAAGGCAGCUCUUAUUGAGAAUUACAGUCAAUUGAGGAAUAAACUUGGUGAAAUUGCAACCAUAUCAAGAGAGAAAGGAGAAGUGGUCAGUGCUCACUAUAAGCUAGUCCCUGCAGAUUUGCGUGAUAUACAACAAUUAAAUAAUAUUAUAUCUGUUGCUGGUAUGGACCCAAGUCUGCCGACUUUUAUAAUUUCAGAAUGUGUUCUGAUCUACUUGGAUCCAGAUUCAAGUCGUGCGGUUGUUGGUUGGGCUUCACAAGCAUUUUCGACAGCAAUAUUUUUUCUUUAUGAGCAGAUCCUCCCAGAUGAUGCUUUUGGGCAGCAGAUGAUAAGAAAUUUGGAGUCUCGAGGUUGUGCUCUGUUGGGUAUUUAUGAUACACCAACUUUACAUGAAAAGGAAAAGUUAUUUCUGGACCAAGGAUGGCAGAAAUCUGUUGCAUGGGACAUGCUGAGAAUUUAUAACGAUUUUAUUGAUGCUCCGGAAAGACACAGGAUUGAACGCCUGGAAUUGUUUGAUGAAUUUGAAGAGUGGUACAUGAUGCAGGAGCACUACUGUGUGGCUUAUGCAAUCAAUGAUGGCAUGGGUCUUUUUGGUGAUUUUGGUUUUGUUAAUGACAACAAUGUGCUUCCUUCAUGAUGAAGCACUAGGAUACACUCCCAUAGCAUAUAUUUAUGUUAUAUUUAUCUUCCCAAUUACUAUCUGUGGUUGUAAGUGGUAACUGUUAAUACAGAAAGCACGUGCCAGCUCACUCUUGUUGAGGAUGCCUGGUAAAAAAAGGUUUUCGGAAACUUGUUAGAUAUUGUAUCCGAAUUUAGCCAAAUGAUUGUAGAUGUUGUAUUAAGAGAUUACUUUAAUUAUUGAUUAUAGAUUAUUUUUUAUAUCAGAAUUUCUGUUGGAUUA